AUGACAUUUGCUCAAUAUGCAGCCAAAUUUGAAGAAUUGUCGAGAUAUGCCCCUGCAUUGAUAGCUGAGGAAAAUAUUCGAGUCAGAAAAUUUGAGAAUAGAUUAAGAGAUAGAAUCCUACAGUUGGUGACUGUUUUUGAGCUGCCCACUUAUAAAGAAGUCGUAAACAAAUGCUUAAUAAUAGAAAAAGGACUCAAUGAUGCUCAGGUAGCAAGAGAGAAAAGUUUGAAGAAAAGAAAUCGAGCAAUUGAUUUUCAAGGUCAAAGUAGCAGAGCCUUCAAACCAAAGAUCCCAAAACCAAGCCAGACUGCAGUUGAAAGUAAAACUCAGUAUCAGGGGAGCAUUAUAUGUUAUAGAUGUGGAGGACCCCAUCUUAAACGAGAUUGCACAUGGCCUGGGGGACAAUGUUACAAAUGUGGACGAGAUGGCCACAAAGCAGUUGUAUGCCGCAAUGGAGGAGAAUCACAGAGACAACAGAUGCCUCAAAAUUAUCGGAAUACCCCCGCAAAUCGAGCACCCCAAGAUGUACAAAGACAAGAUGCGGGACAACAAAAAUCAAAGACCCAAGGACGAGUCUAUGCACUUACACAACAGGAUGCAAAUGCUUCUAACUCAAUGGUGACAGGUAUGAUCAAAAUUGCAUCCAACAAUAUCUAUGCUCUAUUUGAUCCUGGAGCUACUCACUCUUUUAUAGCAACUAGUUUUAUUAAGAAGACCAAUGAGAUGUCUCCUACACCUUUAGAAAAUAAUCUCUGUGUCUGCACACCAAGUGGAGAGGUGAUCUUGGUUAAUUCAAUUUGCAAAGAUUGUGUACUGAAUCAGUCAGAGUUUAGUUUUAAGAGUACUAGACCCUUCUUCCACCAGAAGUUCCUUUCAGCUAUUCAUGCUCAGAAAUUUCUUAGAAAAGGAUGUGAAGGAUUUCUAGCUACUGUAUUAGAUACUCAGAAUGAGAAACUCAAGUUAGAGGAUAUCCCUAUUGUGAAAGAAUUUCCUGAUAUUUUUUCGAAUGACCUGCCUGGACUACCUCCGGAUCGAGAGAUUGAGUUUACUAUCGACUUGAUUCCUGGUACGAGUUUAGUUUCUAAAGCCUCUUAUCGAAUGGCUCCAGCAGAAUUAAAAGAAUUACAAAAGCAAUUACAAGAGUUGUUGGACAAAGGAUUCAUUAGGCCAAGUGUGUCACCUUGGGGAGCUCCAGUACUUUUUGUGAAGAAAAAAGAUGGUAGCCUCCGGCUUUGCAUAGACUAUCGAGAAUUAAACAAG